GAGCCAACUGGGUACGCCGGACAUCGUCAGCUUCUCUGCAGCCAUCAGCGCCUGCGGCGCAGGGCGCAGCUGGCGACAUGCGUUGGCGCUGCUGAGAGGCGCCAACGCCAGGCGCCUGGCGGAGUUGGUGGCGUGCAACAGCGCUCUCAGCGCCUGUGCCGCGGUGGGCGCCUGGCGGCAGGGCCUGCAGCUGCUCAGUUCCAGCGUCGCGCCGGAUCUGAUCACGUACAACGCUGCCAUGCAGGCCGUCGGCCUCCCCUGGCGGGUGGCUCUGCAGGCGCUACGCCAAAGCCAAGAACUGAUGCCCAAUGUCCUCAGCUACGGUGCUGCCAUCGAUGCCUGUGAGAGAACCAUGGUUGCGCGCAAGAUUCUGGUGUUGCUCGCCAAUAUUGAUGAGCAACAGUGCUUUCAACUUCGAGGUGUCCC